UUCGACGUGUCCAUCCCUCGCAUGUCUCCGUGUUCUUCCGGAGAAGCAGCAGCUCUUCGACUCUCCGCUCUCCGCCGCGCUCAGUCAGCUCCAGACCGCCCGAGCAGCACCAGGACGUUACCGUGUCUCUUCCAGUCGGCUGUAGUUUCCACACAACGCGCUGAUGGCCGCCUCAGUGUCCGCGCAGGCGCAGAGCAGCUCGGCUCUGCAGAGAGGGAUAGUGAAGAUGGUUCUGUCUGGAUGUGCCAUCAUUGUAAGAGGCCAGCCACGAGGCGGCCCGCCUCCAGAGCGACAGAUCAACCUCAGCAAUGUGCGUGCUGGUGCCCUCGCCCGCCGUGCCAUCCAGGGGCAGCCCGACACCAAGGACACGCCGGAUGAGCCAUGGGCUUUCCAGGCUCGUGAGUUCCUGCGCAAAAAGAUGAUCGGCAAAGAGGUGUGUUUCACGGUGGAGAUCAAGACGCAGCAGGGGCGCGAGUAUGGCGUGAUGUACCUGGGGAAGGACACGUCAGGAGAGAACAUCGCUGAAUCACUGGUGGCUGAGGGGCUCGCCACAGUGCGCAGAGAGGGCAUCAGAGGCACAAACCCUGAUCAGGCCAGACUGUGUGAUCUGGAGGACCAGGCGAAAGCUGCUAAAAAAGGCCAGUGGUCUGAGGGCGGAGGAGCACACACGAUCCGAGACCUGAAGUACAGCAUCGAGAACCCUCGGCAUUUCGUGGACUCUCUUCACCAGAAACCGGUUAAUGCCAUUAUCGAGCACGUCCGUGACGGCAGUAUUGUGCGCGCCCUCCUGCUGCCUGAUUAUUACCUGGUCACUGUGAUGCUGUCUGGAAUCAAGUGUCCAACAUUUAAAAGGGAAGCUGAUGGGACAGAGACGCCAGAGCCCUUUGCAGCUGAGGCCAAGUUUUUCACCGAGUCUCGCCUGCUGCAGAGAGACGUGCAGAUCAUUCUGGAGUCCUGCCCCAACCAGAUCAUCCUGGGCACCAUCCUCCACCCGAACGGGAACAUCACAGAGCUGCUGCUGAAGGAGGGCUUUGCUCGCUGUGUGGACUGGUCCAUGGCGGUGUACACCCAGGGAGCGGAGAAACUCCGGGCCGCAGAACGCUCGGCUAAGGAGCGCAAAGUGAGGAUCUGGAAAGACUAUGUCGCUCCCACCGCCAAUCUGGACCAGAAGGAGCGGCAGUUUGUGGCGAAGGUGAUGCAGGUCAUGAACGCAGACGCCAUUAUCGUCAAGCUGAACUCUGGCGAAUACAAAACCAUUCACCUGUCCAGCAUCCGGCCCCCCAGGAUUGAGGGCGAGGAGAAGAACAAGGACAAGGACAAGCGCUUCCGUCCUCUUUAUGACAUUCCCUACAUGUUUGAGGCCAGAGAAUUCCUGAGGAAGAAGCUGAUUGGGAAGAAGGUCAACGUCACUGUCGAUUACAUCAGAGCUGCUACCACGAGCACAGAGUCAGGACCCGUCCCCGCCUUCCCAGAACGCACCUGUGCCACCGUCACCAUCGGAGGAAUAAACAUAGCCGAGGCUCUGGUCAGUAAAGGUCUUGCUACAGUGAUCCGAUAUCGUCAGGAUGAUGAUCAGAGGUCCUCACACUACGACGAGUUACUGGCUGCAGAAGCACGGGCCAUAAAGAAUGGGAAAGGGCUUCACAGCAAGAAGGAGGUUCCAAUCCACCGAGUGGCUGACAUCUCCGGGGAGACCCAGAAAGCCAAGCAGUUCCUGCCGUUCCUACAGAGAGCUGGUCGCUCGGAGGCGGUGGUGGAGUACGUGUUCAGCGGCUCCAGGCUGAAGCUCUACAUGCCUAAGGAGACGUGUCUCAUCACCUUCCUGCUCGCUGGUAUCGAGUGCCCACGAGGGUCCAGGAACAUGCCCGGUGGUGCCCCAGAGCCGUUCAGUGAGGACGCCACACUCUUCACCAAGGAGCUGGUGCUGCAGAGAGAGGUGGAGGUUGAGGUGGAGAACAUGGAUAAAGCAGGGAACUUCAUCGGCUGGCUCCACAUCGAGGGGGUGAACCUGUCUGUGGCCCUGGUGGAGAACUCGCUCUCAAAGGUCCACUUCACAGCUGAGCGAAGCUCCUACUACAAAACCCUGCUGUCUGCUGAGGAUGUGGCCAGGCAGAGGAAAGACAAGAUUUGGGCCAAUUACGUGGAGAAGCCUACGGAGGAGGUCGCCCAGCUGUCUGAGGAGAAGGAGCGCGUGGCCAAGUACAGGUCCGUCUGCGUCACCGAGAUCACAGACGGCAUGCACUUCUACACACAGGACGUGGAGACUGGUACACAACUGGAAAGUCUGAUGGAGGCCAUGAGGGCGGAGAUUGCAGAUCAUCCACCUGUGGAGGGCGCCUUCACCCCACAACGGGGGGAAUACUGCAUUGCCAAGUUCACUGAUGGAGAAUGGUACAGAGCUCGGGUGGAGAAAGUUGAAUCUACAGCAAAGGUUCAUGUGUUCUACAUAGACUAUGGCAAUAGAGAGAUAUUGUCUUCUGUACGUCUAGCAGCUCUUCCUUCUGCCUUCGGUAUCCGUACCCUCCCUGCUCAGGCCACAGAGUACUGCUUUGCCUUUAUUCAGGUCCCGCAAGAUGAGGACGCCCGGGCCGAUGCGGUGGACUGCAUGGUGAGGGACAUCCAGAACACACAGUGUCUUCUGAACGUGGAGUACGGUGGAGCCUCGUGCCCUCACGUCACCCUGCAGUUCACCGACUCCAAAGACGACGUGGGACUCGGCCUGGUGAAGGAGGGCCUGGUCAUGGUGGACGUGCGCAAAGAGAAACACCUGCAGAAAAUGGUGACUGAGUAUCUGAACGCUCAGGAGACUGCGAAGAGUGCCAGGCUCAACAUUUGGCGCUAUGGAGACUUCCGUGCCGAUGACGCAGAUGAGUUCGGAUACAGACGCUAAGUCCUGCCGGUCCAAAGAUGUUAUGGAGGAUGCAUUAAACAGAAAAAUAAAAACAGGAAAAUAUUUCAUCAAUCUUAUUAUUGGUAUCAUUCAAUCCAUUUUUUUUUUCGUGCUUGGCGCAUUGUCUUUUCUGCUCUCUCUCUUUUUUUUUAAGUGAGUACAGAAUUUACAUAAAGAUGCGUAUUAAAGGACCAAUUGAUCAUGUUUUAGCCAGUCUUUAUUUCAAUUCCCAUAAUUCCUGUAGCAUUCACACACACACACACACACACACACACACACACACACACACACUUUAUUGUACAGCUUCAGUAGAGGUUUUUGCACAUCUUCCUGAGAAAAUGCUUCCUUAAUUAUGAAAUAAUUUGUGAUUUAUGAAUUUAUAUGGAUGUUAUUUUGAAGUUAGGUAAGCACACUCGAACAGGAACUAAUGAGUGUAUUUUUUUAUGUACAAGUGUUUUAUGUAAGGAAUGUUUUUUUUUCUCUGUGCGGCAAAACAAAAACAGAAAAGCUGCCAAUACCUUGACAAGCAUUUGUUCAAUUUCUCUGGGAUGUUUACAUUCUGCACUCGUUUCUUUGUGUCCUCCAUGUGUCUCUCUCUCGUCCAACAUCAACUAGUGUUUGAAAUGAAUUUCCUUUCAACAGAGACUUAGUCAUUGUAUUUAAAUCUGCUAAAUAAAAAUGAGCAACAUCA